CUGGCGCGGUUUCCCUGCCGGAUCGAAAAGCCAAGCGCACCAAGUGUCGCGGGAGCAGGCCCGCAGCAGCACCUUGGUCCCCUGCUCCCGCGACAUGGCUUUCAACUUUGCGGCUCCCUCGGGCAGCUCAGGUACCGCUGCAGCCACCGCAGCCCCCGCGGGUGGGUUUGGAGGAUUUGGGACAACAUCUACAACAGCAGGCUCUGCAUUCAGCUUUUCAGCUCCAGCUAACACUGGCACUACUGGACUCUUUGGUAGUACUCAGAAAGGUUUUGGAUUUGGUACUGGUUUUGGCACAACAACUGGAACUAGUACUGGUUUAGGUACUGGUUUGGGAACUGGACUUGGAUUUGGAGGAUUUAAUACACAGCAGCAGCAGCAACAACAACAAACUACAUUAGGUGGUCUCUUCAGUCAGCCUACACAAGCUCCUACCCAGUCCAAUCAACUGAUAAAUACUGCAAGUGCUCUUUCUGCUCCAACACUACUGGGAGAUGAGAGAGAUGCUAUUUUGGCGAAAUGGAAUCAACUACAGGCCUUUUGGGGAACAGGAAAAGGAUAUUUCAACAAUAACAUUCCACCAGUGGAAUUCACGCAAGAAAAUCCUUUUUGCCGAUUUAAGGCAGUAGGUUACAGUUGUAUGCCCAAUAAUAAAGACGAAGAUGGCCUAGUGGUUUUAGUUUUCAACAAAAAGGAAACGGAUAUUCGAAGCCAGCAACAGCAGUUGGUAGAAUCAUUACAUAAAGUUUUGGGAGGAAACCAGACCCUUACUGUAAAUGUAGAGGGAAUUAAAACAUUACCAGAUGAUCAGACAGAAGUUGUCAUUUAUGUUGUUGAGCGUUCUCCAAAUGGUACCUCAAGAAGAGUUCCAGCUACAACACUCUAUGCCCAUUUUGAACAAACCAUUAUAAAAACACAACUGCAGCAGCUUGGUGUAACCCUUUCUAUGACUAGAACAGAACUUUCUCCUGCACAGAUCAAACAGCUUUUACAGAAUCCUCCUGCUGGUGUCGAUCCUAUUAUCUGGGAACAAGCCAAGGUGGACAACCCUGAUUCUGAAAAGUUAAUUCCUGUACCAAUGGUGGGUUUUAAGGAACUUCUUCGAAGACUGAAGGUCCAAGAUCAGAUGACUAAGCAGCAUCAAACCAGAUUAGAUAUCAUAUCUGAAGAUAUUAGUGAAUUACAGAAGAAUCAAACUACAACUAUGGCCAAAAUUGCACAGUACAAGAGGAAACUCAUGGAUCUUUCCCACAGAACCUUACAGGUCCUAAUCAAACAGGAAAUUCAGAGGAAGAGUGGAUAUGCCAUCCAAGCUGAUGAAGAGCAGUUGCGAGUUCAGCUAGAUACAAUUCAGUGUGAACUAAAUGCCCCCACUCAGUUUAAGGGCCGACUCAAUGAACUGAUGUCCCAAAUCAGGAUGCAGAAUCAUUUUGGAGCAGUCAAAUCUGAAGAAAGAUAUUAUAUAGAUGCAGAUCUGUUGCGAGAAAUCAAGCAGCAUUUGAAACAACAACAGGAAGGCCUUAGCCACUUGAUUAGCAUCAUAAAAGAUGACCUAGAAGAUAUCAAGUUGGUAGAACACGGAUUGAAUGAAACCCUCCACAUCAGAAGUGGUGUCUUCAGUUGACAGUUCACAAACUCAUGUUUAAGGUUUGUGAGGUACAUCUUCUUGUUAUACACCAAGCUUUCCUUAAGAAUGAAACUGACCACAUGGAGGGGGGAAAAAAACCAAUCCUCUCUCCUGGCUUGGUUUUUGAGAAGGUUACUGGUAAAUUAUUAAUCAUCGAAUCUGAAAUGAGUCAUUUAACUGCUCUUCAGAGAUAGCCUUUGAAAGAUUUACAUCUAAAAGCUGUAAUUACUUUAAAAGAAUAUGUAAUUACGAAAAAUAUGUACUAUUGUACAUUUUUACAGCAGCAUCAUUCAAAACAAUCAGUGUUUAAUGAUUAUUCUCCAUUGAGCCUGUACUCUGCUUUCCGUGGCAAGUAAAUAUGAAAUAUCAACUUUGCACAUAACAAAAUAAACUGUAUAAUCAUUUGGCUGUUGGAGAUUUGUACUUCAAAAUGUAAAUGUACAUCAGUUUUUAUAUUUGUGAAUUCAUCUGUGGGAAGAGGAGCAAAGAAAAAUCUAAGUAUUUAAUGAUUAAUGUGGUUUUCUUUUCAUUCUACAAAGACUUGAAAAUAUAUUUUUAUAUUAUUUUACUUAUUUGGAAUUUACAGAACACACCUAAGCAAUUAGGAUAUAACAAAGUUAUGUUUUAUCAUUUUUCAACUUUUUUGUUUUUUAAACUUUAUUUCUAAAAAAGAUGAAAACAUGAAUAAAUUGUUGAUUGUAAUUACUUUUUAUAUAA